UUAGAUUCCGAACCUCUGAAUUCAACAGCUCAGUUUGUUGCUGAUGUUAAGGGAAAAAUGAAGCAGCCACCGUAUAAUUGCAAUGAUUGCACAGAUAUCGACCCGACAGUCUCGCAAGUAGGUGAGCUUGCCGAUGCAAUGUUGCUGUACGGCUUAUCGUUGAAUAAGGCUCUUGCCUCUGGUAUCGCAAAGCCGACUGGCACCGACAUAGCGCGGUUCGCUGUUGGGACGUUUGAAGGCUUUACUGGUACGGUUAUAAUCAACCAAAACCUUUCUCGUGAUCCUGUGUUCUACUUGUGGGGACUAAAUUCAACGGAUCAACAAAUUGUUAUGAUGCAGAUUACUGGAACACUUAAGAUUGAUGACGUUACUAUACAAGAAAUGCAACCAAAGUCUGUAAUAUGGGCCAAUCAUGGAGGUUCACCUCCUUUAAAUAAACCCUUCUGCGGUUUUGACGGAAAAGCUUGUCCACUUUCAUUUACUGAACAAUAUCUGGCCAUAACACUUGGAUCUGUGGCAGCUGGAGUUGUACUUAUUGGACUAGUAGUGGCCUCAGUAGCCUAUGUUAUCAGAGCAAAAAGGUUAGAGGAAGAACGUCUAAACCUUCUUUGGCAGAUCUCAUUUAGCUCCUUGGUCAAACCCAAUACGAAGGUUAGUCAUCGCCUGAUAGGUAAACUUUUAGCAGAUGAAUUUUGGAAUUUCAGUCAGGGGCACAAAGCUCGCGAUCACUUCAAAGCUCGAUGUCCACCAGUACAAAACUAA